AUGUAUAUCAUCAGUUUUCUUGCUUGCGCUUCCGGGCUCUUUGGCGCGGCACUUGGCGACUUUGGCCUGACGACAUCAGACAGCACAUACACGAUCGACACCAACGGUGGACUAGUAUUCGAAGUUAACCGCACCAAUGGCGACAUCACUAGUCUGCUCUACAACGGUGUUCAGUUUCAAGGCACAAGCAAGAUGUCACAGAUCAACUCCGGUCUGGAAACCUCAACGGUCACAGCCGACAUUAUAAGCGGGCAUGUCAGGGUCAUCGUAAAGGCCGGCGAGCAGCCGUUAACACACUAUUAUGUAGCGAAGCCAGGCGAUCCGACUAUCUACAUGGCGACUCAUAUCACGGGCGAGAUCGCUCCUGGUGAGUUGCGCUGGCUUGCCCGGCUCCAGCGCAAAGAGGUGCCGACUGGAGUGCAUGGCGACGUUGCCGAUCUCGAUGGAUGCGUAGCAUUUGAAGGCAAGGAUACGUUCAAGUGUCCGGAUGGCACCACCAGAUGCAAGAUGUACACAUCUGACCGCUUCAUUGACGAUCAGGUCCACGGCGUGACCGGCAGUAACGUCGGGGUGUGGAUGAUCAUGCCUGGUAAUGCCUACGAGCACUCUGCCGGCGGCCCUUUCAUGAGGGACAUCAAUUCGCAAAGCACUGGCGACCAGGAGCUCUACUGGUACAUGAACAGCGGCCAUGUCAGGACCGAGCCCUGGCGAUUCGGGCUCCUUGGUCCCUAUGCAAUGCGCUUCACAGGUAACACCCAGCCGCCGCCAGCGGACAUUGACAUGAGCUUUUUCGACUCGUUGAACAUAGAUGGCUACGUCCCUGAUAGUGGGCGUGGAAGCGUCUCAGGCCUUGCUACAGGAAUGAAGGGCAAUUCCGAAGCUGUAGUACACUGGUUCAACCAGAACGCGCAGUACUGGACAAAAGCCGCUGCGGGACAGUUUACCUCUCCGCUGAUGAAGCCCGGGACAUACACGAUGAAGCUAUACCGGAACGAGUUUCCUGUCGCCAAUGCUAGCGUGACGAUUACGGCGGGCGGAAGAGCCACGCAGGAUAUUGUGGCGACCGAGUCCGAGCCAUCAGUCAUUUGGCGCAUCGGCGAGUUCGAUGGGCAACCCUUUGAAUUGAAGAACGGCGAUAAGAUUCAAAGAAUGCACCCCUCGGAUGCUCGCAUGGCGAGUUGGGGAGGCGAGUUCACUGUCGGCCCAUCCCAAAGCAAAGACUUUCCCAUGGCCUUGUUCUCCAAUAUUGGAGGCAAUGCCACCGUCAACUUCGACCUGGCCGCCGAUCAAUUGGAAGGCGUCGUUCUACGUAUCGGAACGACGCUUUCAUUCAAAGGCGGCAGACCUAGUGUGAAGAUCAAUGAGUGGGAAGGAAGCGAUCCAGGCGCCCCGACACUCAUCGACUCUCGCGGCGUGACUCGUGGUGCCUAUCGCGGGUUCGGCGACGUUUACACUUGGGAAGUGCCGACGAGUGAGCUCAAGACGGGACAAAACACACUUGUGAUUGGGGUGAUUGGGAAAGGAGAUGCCGACUUUCUGAGCGCCAACUACAUCAUCGAUGCUGUUGAGUUGCAGGGUAAAGGGGGGGCCAAGAACAGCACCUCGUCAUCAAGUUCUAGAUACCAGCGGCGUUUUCAGUAUUACAGAUAAAGG